AUGAGUUGGAUGGAUUCAUGGUCCCGACCUGGGAAACGUUCAGCUGUGCCUCCGCCUUACUAUCUAACCCAGGGCGAAAAUGCAGCUUAUUGUCAAACCUGCGGAAGAACGAUGAGCUCUCGUAAGGUGCAGAAAGACCAAAAUAAGGUCAUCAAAUAUUGUUCAGAUGGUUGUCGCCACCGUAAACCGGGGCCAUCAGAUCGAAAGAUUGAAAGAAGAAUAGUUGCCCUUCUAAACGAUGAGCCAGAAUCUGGAAUCGAAAAGACAGCCGCCAAGUCGAAACUGGUCAAAGGUGAUCGUCGCGCCGUGGUGACUAUGGAUGAGAUCGAGGAGAUCGUGUUCGGAUCCAAAGCAGACGAAAGUAGAGCUGAGGAUACAGACAGCAUCGGAAGUGCAGCGGCGGGGGUAUCAGACACCAGCGAUGUGGAGUCGACGACCGCCAACCCCAGCCACCAGGCCGCGGCGCUAGAAAAUCUCGGAGAGCCAAAAAGUCGUGAUACUUCCCCGGGCCUCGUCGUCUCAGAUGCAAACGACAGCUGGGAUGAGGAGAAUGAGACUGGUCGUGUUGGACCGCCACUGUCAGAGUCUGAAAAGCUCAAAAGGAGACAGGAGGGAAACCGGCGAGUCGAACACCGCGAAAUGGUUCGCAAAGCAGCCAGGAGGCUGAUUGUGUUUGGUUUCCUGCAGAAAGCGCCCGAGGGUCGAGGCGACCAGCCUAAAAAGUCGGAAAAACGCUCUCACAAAGCCGGCAAGGCCGGCGCAGACGAGUCUGUUGGUCCACGCCUUCGCAAGUGCGAGGCGUUGAUGAAUGGAUCAGUUGUAGAACCUAGCUAUGCCAAGGGCAACUGGGCCAUCCGAUGGAGAGAAGAGACGUAG